AGUCUCAAACGUCACCGUUUAACUUUCUAAGCCAAGCAUGCUUUCCCUAACAACCAGCCAGAGCAGAAGAAUUAAAACAAAAAUAAAAAAAGGAAAAUCGAGCGGAAUUGACCUCACAGAGCAAGCCAAACACAGAAUUGGCACGAUGUCGUUUCGGUCGAUAUUCGACGCCGGAGAGAUAAGGUCGGAAUUCGAAAACGCCGGUAUCAGCUGCAAAUUCAUUCCUCUCAUAUGGAAGUACGCGAUUCAGAACCCGAACGGUGAAUGGGAGGAAGUCCCUUCCCUACCCUCCGCCGCGUAUAUUCUGCUCCGGUCCAAGUUCAAGCCCCUGACCUCCACUCUUCACUCUGCAACCGACUCUUCCGACGGCCUAACCACCAAGCUCCUUAUAAAACUUAAGAAUGGAGCUCUCGUGGAGUCGGUGAUCAUGAGGUACGAUACUCGUUUGGGUAAAUACGCUGGGAAGCCCCGCCCUGGUGGUCUUAGAUCAACCUUGUGCAUUUCAUCUCAGGUUGGCUGCAAGAUGGGUUGCAAAUUCUGUGCAACGGGGAGCAUGGGAUUUAAGAACAAUCUGUCUUCAGGGGAAAUCGUGGAGCAAUUGGUUCAUGCUUCUCGCUUUUCGCCUAUACGGAAUAUCGUUUUCAUGGGAAUGGGGGAGCCAUUGAAUAACUAUGUUGCCGUAGUGGAAGCUGUACGUGCCAUGACAGGAUCGCCAUUUCAGUUGUCACUGAAGAGAAUUACCGUGUCCACAGUUGGCAUUAUUCAUGCCAUCAACAGGCUUCAUGGUGAUCUUCCUGGCCUGAACCUAGCAGUUUCUCUGCAUGCACCAGUUCAAGAUAUUCGUUGUCAGAUAAUGCCUGCAGCUCGAGCAUUUCCUUUGGGUAAACUUAUGGAUUCACUGCAAGAGUAUCAGAGGAAGAGUCAACAAAAAAUCUUAAUCGAGUACAUAAUGCUUGAUGGGGUGAAUGAUGAAGAACAACAUGCACACCAGCUUGGCAAGUUGUUGGAGAUUCUUCAAGUGGUCGUGAACUUGAUACCUUUCAAUCCAAUUGGUACUUUGAGUCAAUUCAAGACCAGCAGCCAACAGAAUGUAUCUGCAUUCCAGAAAAUUUUAAGAGGUACCUAUAACAUCCGGACAACAAUUCGUAAGGAAAUGGGUCAAGAUAUAAGUGGGGCAUGUGGGCAACUGGUGGUAAACCAGUCAGAUAAGAGGUUUGCUGAGAAUCAACCACUCUUACCUGAUAUAGAAGAUCUUCAUCUGAGAUAAGCCUCUUCUUGGUUGAGGAGCUGAUGUCUAAUUCUGAUAACGUAAUGAAGACCGAACAAAGUACUGGUGUUUCUCACAAGUUGCUGUUCCUUCAAUUUUGUGUAUCAUGCAAUCACAAAUUUUCAAGCAUUAUAGCCAAUAUAAUGUGCAUCAUGUAUCAUUCUGUGUCGUCUCUUUUUGUCAAGCACAUGUAAAACUGUUCCAUUAGCUCCAAAGCUGCUGCAUAUGGUAUUGUUGCAGAAUGAUAACACUUGAAUUAUUGAUCAAGGGAAAUCGAGCUAGAAAGGGGCCAAAGAAACGUUGAGAAGUAAUUGUGGAUGCUUCAAUUUUUUGGCUGUGGCAUCCAAUAUGUGUUAGUUUUUCUUUUUUUGGGUGGUUAAAGUUGUGUUAAAUAAUUAGAGUAAUGCUCUAGUUACUUUGUUUUUGUCCCUAUAUAUCAAGGAGUUUCGCUAUUUAUCAUUGGCAUCAA